AUGGAUUCCUCAAACAUGACAGAUGGGAAGAGUGAGGAUGGCGUGGCAAAUUCUAAACACGUUAAAGGCUUUACGUCUCCAUCAAGGCAAAGUAAUUCACGCGACGGUCGCAUUUCGCCAGUCUCGAAGACAUCGAUUGACGCCGAAGGAUUGGCCGCCGAUCCAAUUUCCGAUGACUUGUCGAUACAGGACAAAAAGAUCUUGUUGGUUGCAAGAGAAAUUGAUCUCAUGGGCAUGGGAAGAUAUCAGUGGUAUAUAUGGUCCUUAUGUGGCUUGGGAUACUUUUUGGAUCUACUCUGGGCGCAGGCAUUCGGGUUGAUUGCACCGGUUAUGCAGAGGGAGAUGGGAAUUUCUGAUACUCAAUUGGGCCGUAUGUUUACAGUGGUCAACGCUGGUUUGACUGUGGGAGCUUUUGUGUGGGGUGUCUUGGUAGAUAUCAUUGGUCGCAAAUGGGCUUUCAAUGGCACGGUUUUCAUUACCUCUAUCUUUGGUAUUUGCAUGGCGAUACCCAGUUCUUACAAUGGUCUUCUUGUGUUAGUUGCCUUUACAGGCUUUGGCAUUGGAGGAAAUAUUCCUAUAGACACAACAAUUGCUCUGGAAUUCCUUCCCCAGAAAACCCGUUUUAUGUUGGCACUCCUGUCCAUUUUCCAACCGAUUGGAGUUGUAGUUUGCAGCGGCAUAGCUUACGGAUUUAUACCCAAUUUUUCCUGCGCGACAGACCUAAAAUCAUGCAAAGCAAAUGACCUGACACCAGGAGCUCAAUGUUGUUCCAAGAAAGAUAACAUGGGGUGGAGAUAUCUCCUAUAUACACUGGGCUCGAUAUCCUUGCUUGUGUUUUUAAUGCGAUUCUUCAUAUUCACCUUCCAAGAGUCGCCCAAGUAUCUUCUCAGCAAGAACAGGGACGUUGACGCUUUCAGAGUGUUAGAAAAAAUCGCAAAAACGAACGGAAAAACUUUGACCAUUACAAUCGAGGAUUUUAGGGCUUUGGAUAAGCCGGAUGAAAUUCAGUCUCCCAUCUCCAUUACGUCUGGCAACGCUCGCCUUCAAGGUGGAAAAGUUCCUGGCGAUCCAACUUUGCGCCAAAAGAUCAAAAGGGAAGUCAAAAGGAUUGGGGUUUUAUUCAAAACAAAGCAAAUGGCACGAGUUACCAUAUUGGUAUGGAUAAUAUACGCAUUUGACUAUUGGGGAUUUUCUGUCUCAGGUGCAUUUCUUCCUACAAUUUUGGCACGGAAGGGUCUGGAAAAAGCAGUUGGAUACUCCGCAACUUACCGUAACUUUGUCAUCAUUUACACGCCGGGUAUCGUAGGUGUAGCUUUAGGAGCUUUGAUGGUAAAAGUAUCUCGAACAGGAAGACGAAUUUCCAUGAUCUUUUCAUCUGCGUUAAUGGCUACGUCAUUCUUUCUCUUCGCGGCAGUCAAUACUCAAGCAGCGAACGUGGGACUUAGCGUCAUGGAAUAUUUCUUUCAAUCUAUGUUCAACUCGGUACUCUAUGGCUGGACACCAGAAGCGUUUCCGGCAUCGGUAAGAGGAACAGCUAGUGGAAUGGCUAGUUGUUGGGGAAGGUUGUUUUCUAUCUUCAGCCCAUUGAUUGCAGCGAAGUUGUUGGCUAUGAGCCUUAAUGGACCUUUGUUUUUGGCUGGGGCGGGUACUUUCGUGGCUUGUUUGGGAGUAAUUUGCUUGCCGGAUAAUGUGAUGAAGGGGAAUGAGAUUUAG